AUGUUUCCUUUGAGUUUGCUAUUCGGUUUUUACUUUGUGCAAUUUUCGUCUGCCUUUUUCGGAACGGGAGGAAUAUUCGGCCAUGUUUUAAGAUACCAGAAGUUGUGUUUAUGUCGAUGCGGUGUGAGCGGUGUGACGCAGUUUCCUGACAGUUUUAGCAACGUUCGUCUGCUAGACGGUCAAUCUGUGUCUCCCCACCAAUUUCCCUGGUUGGCUUCAAUAAAGAUUGACAAUAGAACCAUCGCAGGCGCACUCAUAUCUGACAAACAUGUUCUUACCGCUGCAUCGCCAUUGUAUGGAAUACCGCCAAACCGUGUAUCGGUAACCCUUGGCUUGCACGAUGGAUGUACCAGGAAUCCAGCACUCAGCAGUAGUAUAGAGACAGUGAUAUUACAUUCGGCCUAUGUAUCAGGCUACAGCUAUAAUGACAUAGCUCUAUUACGACUAAGGCAUGUUGUGCCAUUCAGCCAAUUCAUAUCGCCUAUAUGCAUGCCUGAUUUCCGAACAUUGGAAUCAGACCAAGUGGCGAGUACACUAUCUUGGAAAUGGGCACCAAAUUCUGUAUCAUGUACACCACGAGUCGCUACACUUCCUAUUUUGCCUGUCUGGACAUGUCUAUUAAAUAGAAAUAGUGAUACAAUCACACCUAAUAAAGGAUGUCUCGGGCCUUUGGGGAUAAAGAGCAUUGUUUGUGAGGAUGAUGUAGGUGCCCCGGUUAUGUCACGCCAACCUUAUAGUUCAUCAUUCCGGCUGGUGGGAGUGGUAACAACGGCAAACUGUGACCACACUUCAGCACCAUAUUAUACCAAAGUGGCGUACCAUGCUGCUUGGAUUUAUGAGCAAAUCCGGGAUGACUGCCAGUGUUUCAGUAUAUAG